GUGCGCCCGGGGGCGGGGGCGGCCGCGGGCAGCGGCGGGGCUCGGGUGGGCGGCGGCGGCGGCGGCGUAGGAGGACGGCGAGGAGGAGGUCUAUGUCGCGGGCGGCGGCCGAGGGACGAUGCGCGAGUACAAAGUGGUGGUGCUGGGCUCGGGCGGGGUCGGCAAGUCCGCCCUGACCGUGCAGUUCGUGACGGGCACGUUCAUCGAGAAAUACGACCCCACCAUCGAGGACUUCUACCGCAAGGAGAUCGAGGUGGACUCGUCGCCGUCCGUGCUGGAGAUCCUGGACACGGCGGGCACCGAGCAGUUCGCGUCCAUGCGGGACCUGUACAUCAAGAACGGCCAGGGCUUCAUCCUCGUCUACAGCCUGGUCAACCAGCAGAGCUUCCAGGACAUCAAGCCCAUGCGCGACCAGAUCAUCCGCGUGAAGCGGUAUGAGAAGGUGCCCGUCAUCUUGGUGGGGAACAAGGUGGACCUGGAGAGCGAGCGGGAGGUGUCCUCCAGCGAAGGCCGGGCCCUGGCCGAGGAGUGGGGCUGCCCCUUCAUGGAGACGUCGGCCAAGAGCAAGACCAUGGUGGACGAACUCUUUGCCGAGAUCGUGCGGCAGAUGAACUACGCGGCGCAGCCCGACAAGGACGACCCCUGCUGCUCGGCCUGUAACAUCCAAUAGCAUCGGACGGGGCGGCCCGGGACGGGGCCUGCUCCGGGACUGGAGGCGGGACGCCGCGGUGAAGCCGGAGCCCCCACCCCACGUACCCCCCCCCGUACCCCCCACCCCCCCAGGCCCCGUCGAGCAAUGAUUGAUUGCCGGCCGGUCGCGCCAAGGGACGGGGGGUGUCCAGCCACUCCAGUCUUCACCAGCGUCCCCAGCCUCCUUUCUGCACCUGCAACUUGAAGGCACAGCCAAUGGAUCUACAGGGUGACCCAUCCCCGCCGAGAGCCCUGCGGGGCACUGUCGCCGCAUGGGCAGAAGCCAGCGGUUGGAACGGAAGGAAAAAACGUCGUGGCGAGCGUGAAGCCCGGAAGGAGUCCUCGGACUCCUUACAAGUAAAAUAUUUUUUUCUUCUUCUUCUUCUUUAAAAUAAAUAAAUAAAUAAAUAAAUAAUAAGUAAAGGAGAAAUAUUUUCCUACGAAGAGAGUACUGAGUUUCCCGGACUCAACCUAGCGCUUCAUAACCAAGGUUAUUUCCUCAAGUUCAGAACCUGACAGCUGGCCUGCGGCUGAGUUCACGGGGAGAGAGUCUUCGCUCAGCUGACCCCUUUCUUGUCUGGUUUGAUUUGAUUUGAUUUUUUAUUUUUAUUUUUUUUUCCUCGUUUUCAUUUUGUUUUCAAAAUUGUAGGCGUCCCUCCUCAUUUUUUCUCGGGACCCGGAAUUAGAACUCCUGCCUCAGUUUCCCCCAGAGAGCAGCAGAAGGCAGGCCGGGUCCCGGGGACGUGCGGCCCAGCACGCAGAGGUGGCUGUGGCCCCUGAGGGCCACUCAGGGGGGCUGGGGGGUCACGAAGGAGCCGCCCAGGCCCGCCCCUUUAUUAACCAGGCGGGGUCUGUCUCGCUGUCUGCAAGGAGGAGGAUGCCACGGGGACAGAAGGGGUGCGGAGCCUUAGUCACACGCCUGUCCUCGCCGGGGGACACGCAGCACCGUGUAAGGGAACAGAAGCCAUUGCCAGCCGCGGGACCCCGUCUGCGGACAGCUCACUGGACAGGACAGACGCCUGGCGUUUCUUGGCGUCUGCUAGAGCCGCCGGUUCCUUCUUGCCUUUAAGGGCUAGGGUUGUGGUGUGAUUCUUGGCUUAAUCUGCUUUCGAAAUCAAGUUCGCUACAGCAGAGCUUAAAUUGCAGGCUUUGUUGUUUUUUUAAAAAAAAAAAAAAUUUUUUUUUUUUUUUUGAGUAGCCAUGUGAAAAUGAUUUGGGUUUCAAAGUCGACCUUAAAUUACAGAGUGGAAGGUAAGGGACAAAACAAAACAAACAAACAACCCAACAACCAACCUUUAUAUUAUUUCAUUUUCCUGGAGAAUUCUAUGAGUUUUUUUUUCUUCUUCUUCUACCAAUUUUGCCCUGAUUACUGAAGUGGCAAAUAAAGCUAGAGUGAAUAUUUUGUUUUUGAAUAAGGUGCUCCAAGCUCUGACAUUUUGGGUUUUUCAUAGCCGUGAAGUAUUUAUCAUUUGCAUGACUAAUGGCACAGGAAAAAAAAAAAACACAAAAAAAGAAAAAAAAACAAACCUAUUCAUAAGUCUUACAAUCAAGUGGAGAAGGGUCCCCCGCCCCCUUCAGCGUGCUCGUGCCAGCGGGGGGGAGCCACCGGAGCCAAACUUGCCCUUGGGAACUGCAACAUUGCCCGAGCCUGUGAUUCUGUGAUCUGUAUACCGCCCCACGUUCUCGGUUCCCGCUCUCGUGCAAGAUCUCUGGUCCGAACCGUGCGCCACCGCGAGCAGAGUGUAUGUGCGUGCAUGCGUGUUUACCGUCCCUACGAAUUUGGCACAAGUCAGAGCUAACUGCCUGCCUGCGCGUCCGUACUGCAGAACACGCAUACGGAAGAAAAAAAAACAAAAAAACAAACAGCUUUCUCCUUUUGAAACGAUUUGUGUUUUCUAUCCACAGUGGAAAUGGUCGGUAGCCCCCACGUGUCAAGUGAACUGGCGUUGAGCUUAGAAGGUAGAAAAAAAAAUAAUUAAAAAACAAACAUCCAGGUGGAUAGCGCUUUUUUUCAUAGAUAAUGUGGGUGUGACCAGGCCGCGCUUGUCAAAAGGCCUUGGAUUGUGAGUGUUCCAUGUUCCUCAGUGUAGGCUUCUAAAUGAGUCCCCAAUUGUGAGGCACUUUGCUCAUAGGACAGGAAAAAAAAAAAAAAGUUCUAACCCAUUUUAUUGAAAAAUUGACCUUGUUCAGACGUGGGGCAGAAAUGAGAAAACCUAAAGAGAAAUCGAUUGACCAAAAUAGAUUUGUCCGUGGAUUUUUGACGCCUCAUAUGACUGAUUCUGUUCUUCAAGAAUUCCGUAUGGAUGGCGAUUCAUGACAGCUAGGAUUCCCCCUGUUCCAAACAUUGAUCAGAGAUUUCUGCAGUUUGCCCUUACGGAUUGCUCUGCAGACCCGAAAAGUUAGUCAUCCGAACAGCGGGGGUAGAGCGUCCAGGGGAAAGGAGUACCUGAAAAUUGGGGCUUCAGUUAGAAGUGUUUGUGACAGACGGUAAGGUGGGCGUUUUACUGUAAAGAUGUUAAUAAUAGCAGAUCUUGCUACCUGAUCAGUGUUUCCACACAGCCCUGCAAAUUUCUCGACAGAGCAUGGAAGGAUCCAGAACAACCCUGGCUGCCUCCUGGGCCGUCAUAUCUGCCGUGAACAGAACUCAGCCGGCGUGAAUGUGUUCGUUGAAUCGUUACUUAAAAAAAAAAAAAAAAGCUUAAAAUCAGGAAGACUAAAUUUGUUGGCACAUGAUGAAAUAAUAGUGGCUACAGAGAAAAGUUGGUGACCUCGUGUCACUGUUUAUCUUAGGCCCUGAUCAGACUAGCAACUAGAUAAGUGAAAGUUGUUCUAACAUGCCUUAAAAUGUUAUGGUUUGAUCCAAAGACCCACUUUUUCUUUAGCUCUUGUGAUAAGGUUUCCUUUUGUUUGGGCUUUGUCUUGCUUUACUUUUUUAUACAAAGGCAGCAUUUUCAAAAAAAUAAAUAAAUAAAUUUUUUUUCCCUUGUACCUGGCAACUUUGGGGGGUUCUUUCAAGCUGUGAUAAGCGGUGGUGACGGAUGCCUUUCAUUCUGCUCAACUUACACAAAAACAAGCCAGCAGCUGAUCAAAAGUGUUCCAUCAAAUCUUUCUUAAACUCUUGAAAGGUGCUUUGAUGAUUUAUUUUUUUUCUCCAUCGGUUUGUAAAAUUAGGACUGAACUUUGAACUCUCGCAUCACUCCGGUGAAACUACUGAUAUUUGCUUUUCUGUAUCCAGAAAAUGCUGCCUGAGGGUACCUGCUCUUUGCUUUCCAGAGUUUCCCAGUGGGAAUGUCGUGCCCAUUCGUUCGAUCGUGCAAGUGCUCACUUGGUUGGUUGCUGUUGUUCGUUCCUAUUCCUUGUCCUCAGCCGUCUUGUGUUAGCACUGGGUAAGCUUUAAUUGUCUCCUUAGCCAAUCAGCUGUUAAAGACUGUGGGGUCCCCCCCCCUUUUUUUUUUAAAUUAAUGUGUCAUUGUGCAUCUAUUAAAUCUUGAUCAGGGUUUCAAGAAUGACUGCAGUGGGUUUUGGAAACAAACUUAUCAUUAUUGAUUUGGGGUUUCCCAGAGAUAGAGUUCACAGUUAAUUGUUGACCUCUAAUACAACUGACCAUUUAAAAAUUGAACAAAAGUUUAUUGUUUUGUAACAGUUGUCAGUUGUUAAACCUUGACAUUUCAAUUAAAACAUGAAUUGUAGUUAUAACUCAAUGCAAAUUCAACAGUUGUAUUUGGAGUUAAAUUAUUUUAACAAAUAAAUUUAUUUAAUGAAA